GCCUCAGUUUUCGUAUCGUAAAUCGUAAUAUAAGAAUUGAGGUUAUGUUAUUUUUGUGAUAAAAGGAUUUCCAAAAAAUGGCAACAAAUUACGCAAAAUACGCUCAACUCAUCAAACACUCAAGCAACUACGCGCAGCGAAUGAAGCGCCUGUCCAACCGCAUCUUCGGCGAGGUGGCUAUACCCACAAAUCCCAAAUCCAUGAAGGUGGUAAAGAUGUUCUCAGCGAAGCCCGUCCACACCAACGAGGAGAUCAUCCACUACUACCCGCGGCACGUGGAGACGCACGCGCUGGUGCUGCGGUUGCGCGAGUACGGGCUGUUCCGGGACGAGCACCAGGACUUCAAGGAGGAGAUGAAACGGUUAAGGGAGCUGCGGGGGAAAGUUAAGGUGUGGCGCCGGUACGCUGAUAAAGAGAAGACGGAAUAGUGCAGCGUUGGAUACUUUAGCUGCCUAAAUGCUCUCCCUCUAGAACUACAAUCAUUGGCUGGUCAAUUCAAUGUUGGUGCAGUUGUGAGAUUUAGGCAGAAGUAAUUGUGACAUUUGUGUAUUAGUGAUUUGACUAGUUUAAUAGUUAAUUUGAAUAUUAUAUCAGAGGAGCUGUUGUUUCACUGACUUUUGAACAGAUUUAGUUGUCUCA